AUGGCCUCCUCCAUCCUCCGAUCUAUAUUCUGUGGAAUGAGGAUGAGCGGCAACACUUGGCCGGCGCCGCCAUCGCCACCGAAAUUAUCACCCCCUUUCCUGAUACUACCGUCACCCUACGAAGUCGGAUAUAAAGAGUUGUACAGCCUUACCGAGAAGAAAGUGGUGAGCAUCGACAAAGCUGCGCCGCCGCCGGCGUGGGCACAAGGCCGGCGGGUGAAGCACAUGGGAUGUUCCCACGGUUGGGUGGCGUCAUUCAAUUAUGACAAUCGAAAGACUUUCCUCUUCGAUCCCAUCACCGGCUGCCACAUAGAGCUCCCCGACAUCGACGACGCCACUGAGCCCUGCCAGUAUAUCAUCCUAACCUCCUCUCCCGACUCCCCCGCCUGCCGCGCCAUCAUGCACUACCAACCUUCCUACAGACUUGCGGCCUGCUUCCCCGCCCACGGACGGGGAGGCAGCUGGCUCUCCGUCGGCGGCGGCCAGGGCCACUACACCGUCGUGUGUUACUCCACCCGCCACAACCACCUCUUCUGCCUAUUUGCCAAGUCGGUGAUGGUCUGGACGCUCGAGUGCUGGGACCUCGAAUAUCCCUCAUCCUUACUAUGGAACGCCCAAGUUUGCUUUCAACAGGACGAGGCCGGGUCCUGGACCCACACUUGCCUCAACUAUCUUGUCAUCGAUGAGCAUUCCGACCGCCUAUUUCUAGUGAUUCGUUUUAUGUUGGAUCUUGAACCUGAUGAUUUUGAUGACGACGACGACGACGACGAUGACGACGACGAGGAGGAUGAUGUUGAUGAGGAGAAGGAGGACGAGGAGUGGAGAAGCUAUCUACGCCGCUUUUAUCACAAAACCCUUCGUUUCCGUGUAUAUGAAAUUAAUCGCGAAAAAGGAGGUGAAAUGAGGUACAUGGAUGGUUCGUUGGAUGGUUUGGCAAUGUUUGUGGGAAGCAACCACGCUUUUGCGCUGCCGGCGGCGGACUUCAACUUGAACCCGGAUUCUAUUUAUUUCAACGAAGAUGGUGUUAGUUAUAUUGCCGAAGAUGGAAGAAAUGACGACAUUGGCAUCUAUAAUUACGUGAAUGGCAAAAUAUGUUCCAUCGAUUAUUAUCCCACUCAGAAACCCACCUAUUCCUCCUCCAGGAUUGCUCCAGCCAUGUGGCUCACUCCAAUUCCGCAUUACCACUAGUAUUUUCAUCUCUUUAUUUUCUUAUUCACUUUCUUGUGUUUUGCUUUAUCAUCUUAUUCACUAAUGUUAUCUUCCGAUUAUAUAUUCACCAUUUUAAUGGUGUGUAUUACAUCUAAUUCUUUUAUGGUCAUCAAUUUAAUUAGUAAAGUCAAUAGUCUAAAAA